UAAAUAAACUUCGUUCAAAAUUGAAGGUUUUUAAAAUAAAAACAUAGUUAGAGACAUUUAAAAAAAAUACUGAAAAUUGGGACACAAACUAUAAUUAACGGGAUUAAAAAUAAUUAAGAAAGGGGGUGGGUUGGGGAAGAUGGAUGCACAUGGACUGCUGUUGGCUUUUAUUAGUGAGUGAAAAUGGAGAUAAAGACGUGCAGUUUUAAUCAUGGAGCUGCUUCUGGCAUUCCAUGUGCUUCUAUCUUCUCGCCCCACUUCACAUUAUUUUUCAUAACACUAAUAUCUGUGUGUAUAUAUUCACAUAUAUUAGUGUGUGCAUUAAAGGGAAACAUCGGAAAAUGCAUAGCAACAGUCCUUCUUCCACUUGCAGCAGAUCCUGGUCUAUAAGCGAGGAUUCGCUGCGGAGAUACGUGUUCCACGCCAGUGAGAACUGCAUACAAGAGUUGCUUUCUGCAUCCGAUUCCAACAAGCAUGCCGACGCCGUGUCGCUGGACGACGGCUGGAAGCUGGUCGGAGUCGACGCCAACGGAGUCGAGAUCUCCAAGCGCAGAUCGGGAUCGCUUCACACUUUCCGCAGCCGCUGGCUGCUCCAAUCGGUCCAGCCCCACCAGUUCAUCACGGUUGCUAAUGCAAUCCACGCUGCCAAGGAAUGGGACGGUGAUUUAGUAGAAGGAAAGUAUAUAAAAGACUUGGAAGAAAACUUGAGCAUUGUAUGGCUAAGGUAUGGAGAGAGAUCGAAGGGCUUGUUUAGAAACAGAGAGUUCAUAGUGUACGAGCGACGGGAAACCAUGGACGACGGGACUCUGGUAGUGGCAGUGGCUUCUCUACCCAAAGAGAUAGCAGCUGGACUACAACCCAAGCAGAACAACUCAAUAAGAGGGCUGUUGCUGCAGUCUGGAUGGGUUGUUGAAAAGCUACAAAAUGAUUCUUGCAUCGUCACUUACAUUGCUCAAUUGGAUCCUGCUGGAUGGCUACCAAAAUGCUUUGUGAAUCGUUUAAAUACAAAAUUGGUGAUGAUAAUCGAAAACCUUAAAAAGCAGGUGGUGGCAUGUCCCACGAGGGGGCCUUCAUGAUUAUUACUCUUUUACAAAGCAAGAAAUAGAAAGGAAAAGUUAUUAAUUAUCUUACAAGGAGAUGUUGAGGAAUCGAAGUUAUGAUUUACUGUAUUCAUGAUUCUCUCCAUAUCAUUAUUACUCAUGAUUAUUCUUUAUCUUGAA